UGUGAGAUCGAUGUCUAUUUAUCCGAUCCAAUAACGUUUAGAUUUACAUCCAGUGCUUGUUAUAACAUAACGUAUUGUUAUAUUUUUUUACAAAUUUUUAGUGCAUUGCAACAUAACGUAGAGAUGUUUCAAAUUUUGAUUGUAAUCAUUUUAUUUUUUUUACUGAAUAAGAUAUCAAAAUUUGAGGAAAUCUGUGACAAAUCAGAACUGAAAUAUUUAGACGACAUUGAGCCACAGGUAGGUAUUGAAUUUAAGAAUCGACAUUACUUCAGAAACGUAUUCCAUAUGCUAUUAAAGCGCGCUUUAGCCAGGUGGGUUGUCAUAUUGUAUCAAACCAAUGUUAAUAUGCAACUUUUUUUUUUUUUUUUGCUGCUUCAAAUAAUAAUAUGUAUGAAUUCACAGACUAAUUCAUUGAUAUUGCAUUGUGUAGACUUAGAAUAUGUUUUAUAAAUGUUUUAUAAUGUCUCUAUUAAAAAAAUAUAGCUAAGACUAUUUUAAAAGUUUCGCAUAAUAAACGUUUGUCAAAAACUAUUCUAUCAAUGAAUAGUUUUUUUAAAUGGGUUUAUGGUUGAAAAUUGAAUUUCAAAAAUAUAAAAGCUAAGUUUAAUUGGAAAAGAAAAGCUACGAACAAUAAUUUGCAAUACAUAUACUAGCUAAAAUAUUUUGUUAAAGUGAAAAUUCAAAUGAGUGUUAAAUAAUAAAAAAAAAAGUAUAUACAUAACAUAUAUGUAUUGUACUACUCUAGUUGAAUGCACCUUUAAUUUAAAGCACCUAUAGUUUAAUGCAAAUUUGGUUUAUUGCACCUUCAGCUCAAUACAAAUUAAAUUUGUUGCACCUUAGUUUAUUUCAACUUCAGUUUAUUGCACUUUUAGUUUAAUGGACCUUUACUUUGUUGCACUUUUAGUGUUUGCACCUUUAGUUCAAUGCACAUUUAAUUUAUUGCACUUAAGUUUAUUGCAUCUUUAGUUUAUUGCACCUUGAGUUUAUUGCACCUUGAGUUUAUUGCACCUUUAGUUUAUUGCACCUUUAGUUUAUUGCACCUUGAGUUUAUUGCACCUUUAGUUUAUUGCACCUUUAGUUUAUUGCACCUUUAGUUUAUUGCACCUUUAGUUUAUUGCACCUUUAGUUUAUUGCACCUUUAGUUUAAUGCACCUUUAGUUUAUUGCACCUUUAGUUUAUUGCACCUUUAGUUUAUUGCACCUUUAGUUUAUUGCACCUUUAGUUUAUUGCACCUUUAGUUUAUUGCACCUUGAGUUUAUUGCACCUUUAGUUUAUUGCACCUUUAGUUUAUUGCACCUUUAGUUUAUUGCACCUUUAGUUUAUUGCACCUUUAGUUUAUUGCACCUUUAGUUUAAUGCACCUUUAGUUUAUUGCACCUUUAGUUUAUUGCACCUUUAGUUUAUUGCACCUUUAGUUUAUUGCACCUUUAGUUUAUUGCACCUUUAGUUUAUUGCACCUUGAGUUUAUUGCACCUUUAGUUUAUUGCACCUUUAGUUUAUUGCACCUUUAGUUUAUUGCACCUUUAGUUUAUUGCACCUUUAGUUUAUUGCACCUUUAGUUUAUUGCACCUUUAGUUUAUUGCACCUUUAGUUUAUUGCACCUUUAGUUUAUUGCACCUUUAGUUUAUUGCACCUUUAGUUUAUUGCACCUUUAGUUUAUUGCACCUUUAGUUUAUUGCACCUUUAGUUUAUUGCACCUUUAGUUUAUUGCACCUUUAGUUUAUUGCACCUUUAGUUUAAUGCACCUUUACUUUAAUGCACAUCUAAUUUAAUGAACUCUUUUCUUUGCAUUGAAAAUGAUUUUUUUAUAAGUACAUUAAAACAAUAUAUGAUAAAUAAAAUUUUAGUCUUAUGCUGUAUAAAUACAUUGUAUAAAAUACUUCUAAUAAGCCUAUGCCAGGCUUCGAGAAACGUUUUUGAAUGAGAAGCCAUAGUUAAAUAUUUUGUCUGGUGUGAAAAUAUUUUUGGAGCAGAAUUUCGGGAAUGUUUAAAGUAAACGGUCAUUUUAGAUUAAUAAUAACAGUGUCAUAUCUAUACAUUUAUACGUUAAAUUGUCUCAUCCAUACAUCUAUACAGCCUAUUCUCUCCACCUGAUAUUUUCCAAAUAUUAGAAAUAAAACAAAAUACUUUUGCUAUUCAUUUAUAUUAUAUAUAUUACUUUUUUCUUAUAGUGCGGUAGAAAAUAUGACCUUCUUCUACUUGGAAAAACUGGCAAUGGAAAAAGUUCAACUGGUAACUCUAUCCUUGGCUAUAAGGCAUUUGUUGCUAGCGCUAAAUCAACUUCUGUUACCAAUGGAAUAGAGAGAAAGUCCAACAAAUUCAAAGACACGAUUCUAAACGUGGUGGACACACCUGGUGUACUAGAUACAGCCGCCCUGUAUGAAGUAGUUAAUGGUAGCACUACGAGGAAAAUUAUACAACAAUUACAAGAGGCAGUUGAAAUAAAUCCUCGGGGCUACAACGCCUGCAUAUUAGUUGCAAAGUAUGGAAAUAGAUUUACUAAAGAAGAGAGCGAUGCAAUACAUAUGCUGAAACAGAUUUUUGGAGAAGAUUUCAUGAGACACUUUUGCGUUUUAGUCAUGACUAAUGGGGACACGUUUGAAGCUGAAGAAAAUGAUUUUACUUUUCGAGAAUGGCUGUAUAGGCAGUCAGGGAGUAUCAACGAUGUCUUCCAUGAAUGCGGUUUCAGAGUCGUCUUGUUUGAUAACUUGACGAAAGACCCGAAAAAGAAAG